UGCCUCUAUACAACCAUAGAAUGGCAUAACCUGUAAAGUAUUUAGCAAAAUAGAGUGGAAGUAAAAUAUAUCUCAAGGUAAUAAGUUUUUCUUCUACCUUUUAGCCAACUAUUGCUUUCAUAAAAGUAACGGAACCUUUCUCCUACCUUCUCCGCAUUACGCAUCAACACCAUCACUUCCACGAUUCAGUUGAGACUGGGUAAGACUCUGAACAACACGAACAACUUUUCUUAAUAUUACUGUGUUUCCCAAGUAAAAAAGUUUAUUAAAACAUACACAAUGGGGGCUAUUGGAGGACUUAGUGCGAGAAUUGUGCUGAUCAGUGUACUGGUGAUUGUAAAUGCUGGGGAUAUGAUGCGAAAGAGUAUAGUAUUUGAUAAAAAUACCCCUGACGUAUUUUAUUGUCCUCAACACAAACCAACAGGCUUUGAGAAAAUGAUUGUCAAAGCUAAACCUCUAUCCAGACUUUGUCAAUUCGAAGGUGGUCCAAUACCUGAAGAUUACAAAAGUGAUUGUUACAAUGAUGUAGACGAAACGGAGUAUGCAUGCAAAGAAAAGUAUAGGAUUAUGAAACGAUUCAAAAAAAUGGAAAUUCAAAGACGGCCCAUUGACAACGACUACAUCGAGAAAUAGAUGAAAAUAUUCAUGAUGCUAUUCAUCGUCAUCAAUUUAUGACUACUUACUAUACUAAUAGGAGUAAUAGAAAUUAUCAUCCACUAAUAAUCACACCCGCCGUUAAUUAGAUUUCAUAGAUUUAAUGCUCAAUUAAUCCUACUCUGAAUAAACCUUCGGAGUGUCAAGGAUACAGGGUGCUUAAUCGAAUUAUUUCAUUAACGACUUUUUUUACGUAAACACUUAACCAAAUAAGUCAAGUACUAAUUGUAUUAGUAGUAAUCUUGAAUAAUAAAGUAUUAAUUGAUUUAAUAUAUUAAAUAA